AUGGGAAGCACAUCCAAUGCACCAGUCAUCCUUUUUGGAUACCCCUUCUCCCCUUACGUUCAAAAGAUUUCUUUACUCCUCCACUUGACCGAGGUUCCUUUCGAGUUCCAAGAGGUUGGCCCUCUGAUUCCACGCCCGGAGCUCGAGUCCAUUGGCAUCACCUACCGCCGCGUGCCGAUAUUGGCGGUGGGAAAGGAUAUCUAUUGCGAUAGCAAAGUCCAGCAGAGAGUAAUUCUCGAGAAACUCGCGAAGAAGAAGAUACCGACAUCGAUUGCUGACCGAGCAUGGGAAGAAUGGGGAUUUGUUGUGUUUGAUCAAACACUUGGUCUUGCGCCAGGAAAAGUCAUGACUCCUGAGUUUCAGAAGGAUCGCGGGUCGAUCUAUCCGUUGUUGAUCAGACCGGAUUUUGAUACGCUCCGGGAGUCUGCGAUUGCGGACUUGUAUAGUCGCCUCGACUACCUCGAGAACACGGUGCUCGAGAAGACGAUGUACAUUGGCGGAGAUGAAAUCACACUGGCCACUGUCCACGCGAUAUGGGGCAUUCGAUGGGAUUUACACGGCAUUGAAGAUCAACCACCGGGGUUGGGAGAAAAGCAUCAAGCCGUCGGAAGGGAACGAUUCCCCAAAGUCUGGCGCUUGAUUGACAGCCUACCCCUUCCGGACUUGCACAAGAUCAGCUUCGAGGAGGCCAAGGAGAAGAUCUUCCAGUCUGACUACACCUCUGAUGUCAAAGGACUUUUGAAGGAUGAGCCGACGGAGAUACCAAUCGGUACUCCUGUUACUGCCGAUAAUCUGGGCUCGGACCCACGAAAGCACUCCGUACACGGUAAACUUCAAGCGACGGAUGGGUAUGAGUUUGUCCUUGAUGUGCCUACCGGGCUUCGCAUCCACUUCCCACGUGAGAGUGUCAUUCUUCGCAGGGCGUAA